AUGGGAUGUAGUGGAUGCAGAGUCAGGCUCAACUUUGGAAAAGCGCUGUCCAAAGUCUCGGUGUUUUUUACCAUGGUCCUGAUCUUCACCUACUUCUUCUACUGCCUCACUGGAUUUUGUGAUUCCGCUCCGAGAACUUUAUAUCACCAACAAAACUUAGACUAUGACAUUUUGGACAAUCAUCACCGCAUUCUCGGCGACCUGCGACCAUCACCACGCCUCGUCCCAGACGGGCUGUCUCACCGGAACCGCACAGUCUCCUCGGGAGAGCAGGUGGACGCACCGGGACAGCUGGCACCCAACGAGUCGGACAGCACAAAGGAGAGCGCUCAGAGCAACGGCAUCCCUGUGUCCAACACAUUCGGGUCCAAAAGGUUCCCCCAGGCGAUUAUAAUUGGUGUGAAGAAAGGAGGAACCCGCGCCCUGCUGGAGUUUCUCCGCAUCCAUCCCGACGUGAGAGCUGUCGGUGCCGAGCCUCACUUCUUCGACAGGUUUUAUGACAGAGGACUGGACUGGUACAGGAACCUGAUGCCUCGAACGCUGGAUGGUCAGAUCACCAUGGAGAAGACCCCCAGCUACUUUGUCACGAAGGAGGCUCCCAGUCGUGUCUGCACUAUGAACUGUCAAACCAAGCUGAUUGUGGUGGUGAGGGAUCCUGUGACGCGGGCGGUGUCUGACUACACCCAGACGCUGUCCAAGAACCCAGGUCUUCCGUCCUUCCAGAGUCUGGCCUUGAAAAACUCCUCCACAGGUCUGAUUGACACCACGUGGAGUGCCGUGCGCAUCGGCCUGUAUGCCAAACAUCUGGAGAACUGGCUCCAGCACUUUCCCCUGUCUCAUUUUCUUUUUGUCAGUGGUGAGCGGUUGGUGUCAGAUCCGGCUGGGGAGAUGGGCCGGGUUCAGGACUUCCUGGGACUGAAAAGGGUUGUUUCAGACAAGCACUUCUAUUUCAAUCAGACCAAAGGUUUUCCCUGCUUGAAGAAGCCUGAGGGGAGUAGCAGGCCUCGGUGCCUUGGAAAGUCGAAGGGCAGGCCCCAUCCUCAGAUCCCCUCUGAGGUCCUGCAAAGGCUCAGAGACUUCUACAGGCCCUUUAACCAGCGUUUCUACCAGAUGAGUGGACAAGACUUCGGCUGGGACUAA